GGGAGCCGCUGACCCACGUGUAGCAGUGGUGACGUCUACGGUGGUCGGUGUGGUGAGAAUAUUCCUCCCAUUAUAAAGAACACAUGUGAAUAUUUUGUGAUCAAAAACCGAGAGAGCCAUCUGUGUAACCAUGGCAACCUCACUGGCAACACAGCUAGAGAAGUUAAAAACUCCUCAAACAUCUAUCUUGGAUGAGAAAAGGAUACGAAGAUCUAUUCUCUUUGACUCAUCAGAGGCAGCAAAAUAUGGCAGAGAUAUAUUAUAUGAAAUUGGUGUAUCUGGUUUUGAUGAACUGGCUGAGAUAAAUAGUAAGUUUCUUCAGUUUAAAGAAUCUUUGUUUGGGAAGACAUCAAAGGAAUUUCAGCGUGCAGUUGAAGACAAGGCUACCAACAGAAAGCUUGAUGAAAACAUUGAACAUUUCUUGCUCCUGUUGUCACCCUACAUAGAGAAACAGGCUGCAUUAAAGGCACUUGAAUGGCUGGUCUACAGAUUUAUGAUCAAUAGCAUGAACAUCCGUGCUCUACUGAUGUGCAUAUUCCCAUACUACGAGUCUGCUCUUUUUAUACGAGUUCUUCAAAUCAUCGAACACGAUGGAACAGAAGAAUGGCGUUGGUUAAAAAAAGCUAAGAAGAGUGGUCGACCCUUGACAAAGCAGGCUGUGUCUACUCGCUGGGGCCACAACCAAGGCUUUAGAAAAUUCUUGGUAGAGUACUUGAAAAAAAUGCUGAAGGUGCACAGCAGUGAGGGUAACCUGAAGAUUGCUAUUUCCUUCUAUUUUACAACUGUGGUUGGAGGAAUAUGCUUACUUGAGGAGGUCGAGGAGAUGCACUUGUCCAGUAUUGUGCAAAUGUUGCCAAAAUGUCUGUCCUCACACUGUGAAAUAGUGGCAGGAAUGUACUUUACAAUUGCUCAGUUAUCUGUCAAGACGAAACUUUCCCAAGAUCUUAUCAACAACAUCUUGAGACUUAUGAUUCAGGAAAAUACUCCACCAGAAUCAUUAAUGGAGCAGUGUGUGCUGUGCCUGUUAGCAUUAACUCAUCAUCAAAAGAUAGAUACCUUCAAUUAUAAGACUCUAAUGGCCCUUGAGAAGAAUUCUAUCAUUUUGAAACAAAUUGAAAUGCUUGCGAAGACAAAGAGUGUCGCGCCUUUCCUGUCUGCUUAUGUCACAGGAUAUAUCAGGUGGCUCGGCAGUGAUUCUUGUGAGUUAGAUGCCAGCAAAAAGGCUAAAAAAUUCACAGCAGUAAUCGAUCAAUUGGAAUCAAUGCCGAUGUCGUCUUCAGAUGCUUUUAAAGUCUUGUGGUCCUUUUUUGAGGCUGUGAAGAACAACUACAAAGCAAUAGUUUCAUUCAACACUUUGAACCUUGGGACAGUUUUGAGCAGACUAGAGGCAAGUCAUCCAGAGGGUCACUGUCAGGCUGUGGCCCGCAUGAUUAACAAGGUUAACAACUCACCAGCUGGAAAGGAAUAUGAGAAGAUAAUAAAAGUAAUAUUGACAAGUCAGUCUGGAAGCACCAGUUUCAUUCAUAUGGUUCAUCCUGAUGAUGAAAUUAGAUUAGCAGCAGUGAAGAACUUUGUGAAGAAUGUAUCCAAGGGACAGGAGAAAGAUACAAUCGUCAUCAAGAAACACUUAAAAAACAUGCUGACUGAUGAAUUCCCAGCCAUCAUCUUAGAAGGACUGACAUUUAUAAAGGGCCUGAGAAUGUUAGAUGUUUCUUAUAUAGUAAAUGAGUGCCAAAAACUGUUAACUAAAUCAAGAGGUAAAGGAGCCAAGUGGGGUAAGGUCAGAAAUGCUUGCUUAACAAUACUCUCACAAAAACUGGUUGAUAAGUAUGAUUCAAGUAUGCACAUGAGAGUACUUUACAUUUGCUUACCAUUUGUGCUUUUUCCAAGAAACAGAUGGGAUAUUACUGCAGCCAAAAUUGUCUUGAAAUCAAACUUGGCAAACAAUAAUUCUUUAUUGGGUAAUUUGUCACCGGUAGUGAGUCCUUAUUUACUGGAUAACAGUAAAACUAAAGAAUAUUCCAGCAAAGUUUGGAAAGUUUUGCCUCAAGUCUUAAGUACAUUCUCUCAAGAAGAACACAUAGCCCUGUGGAACCAUGUAGAGAACCAACUUGGAUCAGAAGACUGCCUAUUGUCUCACUUCAUGUCGAUGAUUUUAUUGCAUUGUGGUCUGGGUGAUAACAAGGCGGACAAGGUUCUUCGCUUGAAGAUGGCACACAGUCUUUUAGAUGCCUGCUUGAUUAGUUUGGAUAUGUUCAAGAGCUCUGCAACCAAGACAAGUCAGAAUUUGGAACAACCUUCCCUGGUUGAUCUUGAAGAGUAUCUUGAGCAAGUUGAAGGAGGGGCUAUCCCACUACCUUUUCUUACCCAGUGUCUUCAGCAGGUUGUUAAAGUCUUCAGGCUCCCUGACUUCUGCAGCACAUUGCGUUAUUGGCACCCUGACAUGGAGAGUCCAGCUGGAGAGGGAAAUUUAAUGCUUCUGAUGAAGGCCAUGAAGGGAGCUCUUCAGUUAGAGAGAUGUGGAGAUGUAGCUGCUAGGAACAGCCUGGUUGCCCAAAUUCUUGAGGAGUGCUUGGGGUCUACUGAAAGAAGAUAUUAUUUCUUGACCAUCUUAUGGGGCUGGCAUGGAUCACACACUUUUUCUAAUGUAAUAGAUGAAACCUUACAGGCUUGGGCCUUAAGUCUGGGAUCAGCCCUCUUAGGCUCCCAGUCUGUCAGUCUUGCCUGGGCGCUUGGAACGAGUCAGCCAAUUGUGCCAGCUCUGAUUUCUGCCCUGACACAUGGUAGUGCAGUGGUGCGCAGUGGUGCCAUUGAUUGUAUAAAGAAACUUGUGAGGGUGAUUGGUGGUAGGCUUUCUAAGGACAACCAUUACCUAUUGCUAGAAGCUAUAGUGAUGCAAGCUGAUGAACUCAUAGCAGAUGGAAGUCAUGUUUCAUCAUUGCUGGCACAGUUUGACAACAAGCCAAAAUCAAAUAGUCAGCAGGUGGCUCAAGCUCUGAUUGGAGUGGUAGUGUUGGAGAAGGUACCAAUGCAUAUGAAAGCAUCUCUACUGUUUGCUCUCAGUCAUGUGACAAGUACUGCUGUGCUGAGAGAACUACUUCCUCUUGCCAACAGCAUUCUGAAAAUGGUUUCUAGUCUGAAAGAAGAUUCCAAGCUUGAUGUUCCCACAUCAUAUUCACUCUACUACAUUUUACUUCACUUUACACCCGAAACUUGUGAAGUGUUAGAGAGUAAGGAUGGAUGGGAGCUCUUCCAUAAGGCCAUCACCUGUUCUAGACGGGUCUUAGAUCUCAAUGAUGAUUUAGUCCUUGAAGGUUUUGUUUCACCUCAGAGUGUCUUGAUGGAUCAGGUGAUGAGUAGCAAAUUUUUCUCCAGCAUCAGGAAAGAGGAGGUUCAUUCUCAACUUUGGAGUAUCCUCAUCAGUCAUGUUGUGGAGUCAGAAGAUCCCAGUGAAGCAACCCACCUCCGUAAGGGUCUCAGAAAAGUGAGCUUGGAUGCUGCAGUUAUCAUCAAGCAGAUUGAGGCAUUACAUUUGUCUGAUAAAGUGACAUCCAUAAAAGCAGCUCAAGCCAAAAGAAAAAGACAAAAGGAACAAGAGAGCCAUAGUAACAAACUUCUUGUUUGGAGGAAACUUGGCCUAAUGUUAGAAACAAUUGGUGUGAUGGCCUCAUUAGGAAGACCCUGGUUGCUGGUUGGCCCUUUGUGUCAGUGUCUCCUGUACACUCUAACCCUUGACACUGUCAUUACUGAUGUGGUACAACAACAGAUUCUGUCUGCACUGCUGCAUCUGCUGCAGAAGUCUGUAGAAGAAUUGGGAGAGGAUGUGAGUAAAGAAGUUCAAUUGAACAUUGAAUUGAUUGUCCAGUGUAUUCGUUCUUCUGUGAGUCCAGAUACACACCGGCGUGCAAUGCUUAUCCUUGCAUUCGCAGCAAAAAUUUCACCGGAUGUGGUGAUGCAUAAUAUGAUGUCCAUCUUCACAUUCAUGGGAACAUCUCUACUAAGACGUGAUGAUUCCUACUCCUUCCAAGUUAUUCACCAGACAAUCCAGAGCAUUGUACCAACACUAAUUCAAUGUGAGGAAAAAAAAAAUCUUGUGGUAAAGCUGGCACAAGUGUGUCAGGUGUUUGUGGAUGCCCUGCCUGACCUUCCAGAGCAUCGCCGCCUGUCUCUCUUCACACAGCUCACCUCCACCAUUGAUGCUGGAAAAAACUUAUGGAUCAUUUUAGCUCUUAUGGCUGAUUCCCAUAUCAAGAGAGGAAAUGUAAUUGAUGCCACUGUCACCAAAGAAGAGGAAAGACGAGGCCCUCCUGAGGAUAUUCAGUUUGCCCUGAUACUAUGUAGCCAGUUCUCUCCAGUGGCCCAAGUGUAUGCUUGUUGCCAGUUGAUGAAGUAUAUCAACAAUUUGCUAAAGGAAAAAGAAGACAUGAUAGUGCAGCAGAGCCCUUCUGAGAAGAAUUCCAGGGAAGAUAACGAUAUUAUCUGCUGGGAUUUAUACUCCCUCAAGCAGAAGUGUCACUUCAAAUACAUCAGCACUGGUAUUAUAGCCCACCUAUUAUCAUCAGAUAAAUUUAUUGGACAGGUAUAUGAAGUGACAAAAGAACAAGAAGGAGAAUUACAGGACCUUUACAAACAGCUUUUGGAAACAACCUUGUGUUACCUGCAAACCGUUACUCUGAUUUGUGACCAACACAAAGAUAAGCCUAGAGGUCGCUUGUUUUUGUCUCUGCAGCGAAAGGUUGUAGAUGUUGUGGAUAGUGUCAAUGCAGUGUUGGCACCUACCAUGUUGAUAGAAGUUACAAAAAGGCUUAUGACCUCUCCCCUCCCACUUGUUCGUUGUCGUGCCCUGGAAAUAAUGUGUGCAAAACUUCAGCCAAAUGCCAGUUUCUUCAGUGAAGAAGACAUUGAGAGUUUAGAGCCAUUCAUAAAAAUUUUGCGUAAAGUGGCCUUGAACAGCAAAGAACCACCAGACAACAGACAGACAGCCCUCUUUACUCUUCACUUACUAACCAAACUUGUGGCAUCUCAAGUGCCCGAAAAAAAGAUUCAAUCUGUUCUGGCUGCUGGAGUAAACCUUGUCUGUGGGGAGGAAGACCCAAGGCUAAUGACGCAGGCGUUGUUGGUGGUGUCGGAGGCUGUGGUGGCCCUCAAAGCUCACUGUAUCGCACAUCUGGGGCAACUCAUGCCCAUUGUUAUUAAACUGUUGGACGGGGACCAAGACUCUGAACAUUUGCUUUUGGCAGCUGUCACAGCAACUCAUAAGCUAUUUGAGAAUGUGCCACAGUUGCUGUCUCCAUAUCUGGAAUCACUAGUUUGUGGUGUGUGUCGCCUUUAUACCAGUAAGGAGGGGGCUUCUGCAAAGGAGUCUCGGCUAGUUAUGAGGCUGGGCGUGGUCAGGGACACAUUGGUGAAACAGAUUGAACCUCGUGUACUCAUCCCCAAGUUAACAAAGGCGUAUAAAAUAUUGUCGGAGACUGAAGUCCCUGCCCUACAGACCUUCAUGGUGAUGGUGGAGAGGCUUGUUACUCAUGUAGAUGGUAAAACUCUGAUGAGCCACAAGCCUGCUCUGCUCAACCUGUUCACACAAGCAAUGGACCUGAGGACACAAAAGGGUGAUUCUGAAACCAUCUGUACAGUGGAGAUGAAUGUAUCGUGUGCCCUAGGAAAACUACUGCUACGCCUCAAUGAGCAUGACAACAUUGCCAUCUUCCUGUCACUGCAGUCCUGGGCAGUUGAUGCUACUGAAGAAAAUCCUUCAAGGCUAAUAACAUUCUAUAGGUUGGCUGAUCAUGUGGCAGGAACAUUCAAGGUGCUAUUCAUCAUAGCAAAGUUGGCAGACCGCUUGUUCAGUCAUGCUGCCGGCCUCCUUGACCGCAACAACUCUCUGAAGCACAAAGACACAGUGUUUGGAUCUGGAGAUGAAGCAGAGGGACAGACUUCAGUUCUCUUACAAGCUGUCUUUGAUACACUCACCAAGAUAUUCCUCUAUGACUCAGUUAAUUUUACAAAUCAAGAACGAUUCCAGCUUAUGGUCAAACCCUUGACUGAUCAGCUGGAGAACACCUUUGGUAGUAAAGAAGACUACAGGGAGCGCAUCACCAAUCACCUGGUUCCCUGCAUCACCAAAUUUGCCAUUGCUAUAGGAGACGACUCUCUUUGGAAGACUCUUAACCGACAGAUCCUCCUUAGGGUCAGAAAUGAUGAUCAACCAAUGGUGAUCUUGGCGGCACUAGAGACCUUCAGAGCGCUGAUGGAGACUUUAGGUGAGGACUUCCUGCAACCGUUGCUGGCAGACACAAUGCCAUACAUCACUGAAGUUCUUGAGAGUACUGAUCCAGAUGUUGAGGCUGCCACUCGUGAAAUAUUUACCAAUAUGGAAGGGAUACUGGGAGAUAACUUGCGAGCAUACCUUGAAUAUUAAACACACUACAUAGAUUUUAUGUAUGCUAAUAUAAAUGAAUUGUAUGAUAGUAAAAUUCAUAAAAUAUACAAAUGUCAAAAAAAUUAUAAUUGAGACCUGUUUUCAGUUGUAUAAUAUAUUUUUAUUGAUUAUUCACAAA